CAUGAUUGUACGGAAGCGGCUGCGAUCUAAACAGACAACAAGAUGGCAUCGCACCGGGGAGGAGGCGAUCAAGGCAAUGAUGUAGACCAGAUACUGAAAGUAGGAACUGUUUUGUUAAAAGAUUUCAUCUUUGAGCGGGUUCAGCGGCAUGGAGAUGACAGCACUGCAGUGACCCGGGCACAGCUGGGCGUAGAAGAGCUGACUGACCCAAAGCACAAGAAGCUUGGCCACUGCCUGCAGCAGAUCGGAGAUGAGCUGGAUGGAAAUGUUGAGCUGCAAAGGAUGAUAAACGACUCUUCGCUCAGUCCCACAAAAGACAUGUUUCUGAAAGUUGCCAUCGAGAUCUUUUCAGAUGGAAAAUUCAACUGGGGCAGGGUGGUCGCACUGUUCUACUUUGCCUGUCGACUCGUCAUCAAAGCUCUGGUGACCAAAGUUCCUGAUAUCAUCAGAACAAUAAUCAGCUGGACCAUGGACUACCUUCAGGAAAAUGUGUUCAACUGGAUCAGGGACCAAGGCGGCUGGGAGGGUAUUCGGUCCCACUUCGGCACGCCCGCAUGGCAGACGCUGGGAGUUUUCUUGGCCGGUGUUCUCACCACUGUUCUCGUCAUUCGCAAGAUGUGAGCGGUUUGUGAAGAGCAGACCUGUGAAGGAUGGGAAGAAGCACGCCUGAGUCAAACGGGGACAGGAACAUGAAAGCACAUCUGAGAGAGAACAGAAAGAAGUUAUGGCAGAUGGGACGAGUUGAACAGGACAAACUUGUAUUUUGACACAGAGCCACUUUUCGUUUCUGUGUCCGUUUCAAUUCAGAGGAUUGGGAGUUAGACUGUACACACAUAACCCUGAUGCCACGGAGGAAGUGAGCAGAGCAUGAUGCACAGAAUGGGAAUGUGGAGAGUUUGUCAGACUUGAACAGAGAAUGCAUUUUAAGUAAUUUAUUUUUUAUUCGGUACAGACAAGAACAAGUCUCUGCAUUUUGUUUUCCCCCCCCUAAACGACGUACGGACUAAAAAUGUUUGAAUUUAGUUUCCUUUUUGCUUACUUUGUUUUCUUUUUAUUUCUGAUCUUCCCACUCUCUCCAUCCACCUUAUCAUGGUGUCUGUAUGCUAGAGAAUCCAUCCUCAUAUGUAUUUGUUGUUUUAACUGGUGCUAAUCUGCAAUGAUCUGCUGGCAAUAAACGCAUAGGAGGGUGGUCACAUCCCAUCGAUUUAAAAGAGAUAUUCUCGCAAACAAUUAUUACAUUUACAGAUAAUAUUUGGGCUCAAAUUACCGAAUACUUUCUCCUUUUGAAUGCACGGCUCAACCUUAUGUCAGUGGAUAACAAAAGUGCCACAACAGAGACUCGUGUACAAAGUUAUGUUUGCGUUCAACGUGAAUCAUCACAUGAUCUCGGGCAAAAGUGAAUCUAAAUUCCUACCUUGUGUAGCAUUCAAUCGUAGGCUCUGUUUGGGCCCUUCGACCAGCAUUGUGACCUUAAUGUGGCUCCCACUUUAAAAACAAAACAAAAAGCCGUAUUAUUAUUAUUAUUGUGUUGUGAAUGGAGCCGCAUCUCAUGAACGGACGUUUCCUGUGGCCGAUGGAAGACGUACUGCAGACACACAAAGUGCUGGAUUGCUCACAGAUGCUUACCUCACGUCACAUGUUCAAAGUACUGUAUGUUUACUUGAGAUAUUCAAACUGCAAUCGUAUCUACACAGCAAAUAGCUUUUUAUACAUUCUUCUUGUUUGUCAGUGCCUUGGUGUUUUUGGGCUUCUUUUUUUUUUUACAAUGAAAUCACUUUGAUAUUCUCAAAUGUUCACCUUUUUCUAUCAUACCUGUAAAGAUGAAAUCAGUUUCCAUUCUCCGUGAAAAUCUUUUUUGCUGUGAUCUCAUCUGUUGUAAUAUGGAAAAUAAAUCUUUUAACUCUUGA